AUGCAAGCGACUCUUUUUUUUUGCUUAGUACCAGCAAGAUCAAUAGGAAAUAUUGAAUCUCCUUCGAAAGUAUCAAGAAAAGAUAUUGUUCAAUCACCAAAUUAUGCAAAGUUAUUAAAACUGUUGAAAAAUCGAGAAAGAAAAUUUUAUGACAAUGAUGAUGACGACAGUAGUAGCGACGAAAACAUCGAUGAUAUUAAACGUAAAAGAGAACAAUUGACAUUAGCAAAUCGACGACAUUUUCUUCUUCCUCUUCAACGUGGUAGUCGUCGAACGCGACCAUCACAUACCUACGGACAAAAAUCUCAUUGGGAUACGCUUUUUGGAUAA